AGGGUAUCUCUCAUCUUCACGCGACGCACCCCUCUUUUUUAUUUUUAUUUGUAGUUUUCUUUUCCGCAGAGGAGAAGCGACCGGAUCAGAGAGAUGAAGAUUUUCGUGAAGACAUUGAAGGGUACUCACUUCGAGAUCGAAGCGAAACCCCAAGACACUGUUGCAGAUGUUAAAAAGCAUAUAGAGACAGUCCAGGGUCCAGAUGUUUACCCAAGUGCACAACAAAUGCUUAUACAUCAGGGGAAAGUUCUUAAAGAUCCCACAACAUUAGAAGAAAACAGUGUUUCUGAAAAUAGUUUUCUUGUUAUAAUGUUGACAAAGCCGAAGGGUUCGUCGAGUGUAUCGUCAACCACGGCAGCUACACCCACAAGUCAGGCACCAGUAAUAGGUUCUUCACCACCUAAUACUUCAACUCCAGCAUCAACAAUGCCUGAAGCUCCUACAGCAACCUUGGCUCUGCCGCCUUCUUUGGCUGCACCUGCACCUACUCCAACUGCCACAACUUCGCCAACUUCUACCACUGCUGCUGCUCCAUCAACGGAACACGAUGUCUAUGGUCAAGCGGCAUCAAAUCUCGUUGCAGGAAAUAACUUUGAGGAGGCCAUUCAGCACAUACUUGACAUCGGUGGAGGAACAUGGGACAGGGACACUGUUGUCCGUGCUCUACGUGCUGCUUACAACAACCCAGAGAGAGCUGUUGAAUAUUUGUAUUCUGGUAUUCCCGAGCAAGCAGAAAUUCCUCCUGUUGCCCGAGCACCUUCAAGUGGGCAAGCUGCAAACCCUCCUUCCCAGGCUCCACAACCAGCACAGCCUGCUGUUCCGUCCACUGGACCCAAUGCAAAUCCCUUGGACCUCUUUCCUCAGGGCCUCCCAAACAUGGGUUCGAAUGCCGGUGCCGGGACCCUUGAUUUUCUACGUAACAGCCCACAGUUCCAAGCUUUGCGAGCUAUGGUGCAAGCAAACCCCCAAAUCCUGCAGCCGAUGCUUCAAGAACUAGGGAAACAAAAUCCUCACCUUAUGCGACUCAUUCAAGACCAUCAAGCAGACUUUCUUCGUCUGAUCAACGAACCCGUUGAGGGAGCAGAGGGCAAUCUACUAGGGCAGCUGGCCUCAGCAAUGCCACAGCCAGUACAAGUUACUCCUGAGGAGCGGGAAGCUAUUGAGCGUCUCGAGGCCAUGGGGUUUGAUCGAGCAAUUGUAUUGGAAGUCUUCUUUGCCUGCAACAAAAAUGAGGAGCUGGCUGCAAAUUAUCUUCUGGACCAUAUGCACGAGUUUGAGGAAUGAUAAGGGAGACGUGUGAAAUGGUUUGUGUAGUUCAUGUUCUCAUAGUCAACAAUGCCGACGUUAGUUUCGAUGAGUGGGAUGGAUGAUGGUGCUAAAGAGAUUUCCGUCUUCUUUCUUUUUAGAUUUUAAUAUAAUCUUAUGAUAAAAGAUAAUAUGCGUUGGGAAUUAUGUGUAUAAUGUUUGCACCGGAUUAUUUCACCGGUGAAGCAUCAUCUGGUCCAUUUCAUUUUUUU